AUGUCGGCAAUCAGGCAAGGGGCUGCUUGCAUCGCCCGGCGAUCACGGUCAACCACCAUUCGAAAUGCGCGAUCCUACGCCUCUGACGCCCAUGGCCACCAAGCCGCUCCUCCCGUCGAGGAAUCGCUAGGGACCGCCUUCUACGUCGCAAUCGGCGCCGUCGCCACAUCCGCCAUCGUCUACUCAAUCUCCAGGCCAGGGAAGGAUGGCGAGCCCUCCACCAUCACCAAGCUGUUCGACCGGUUUGCAUUCCUGAAGGAGCAGGACGAGCUCCGGAACACCCUCCGCACAGCGGCGAUCGAGCAGGCAGCGCACGACAAGCACCUGCUGUACUACGCCCCGCGGAACCAACACGUCGAGCUGAAGUACCCCGAGGUAUUCACUGGGGGCUCGCCGUUCAACGUCCCCGCGGGCCACAACGUGAACCUCGACAACGUGGUUGCCCACUACAGGGAGCGGCACCACGCAGAGGAGGAGAGGAAGGCAAAGAAGCUGGCCGCUGCGAAGCAGCUGGAAUAG